AUGGAUGCGCGCGAUUCGAUUCACAAUGUCUUCAGUACCGAUCGCUUAUGGCAGCAGCCCUCCUUUUUUGACGAUGCCGAUUCGCACGAAUCGUCACUCUUUGCUCCCUUGGAGCUAGACAUCUCCUCAAUUAGAUUCGACCAUCCGUAUGCACCAAAACAUGACCUCGAACGCGAACUUCGACUACCCGAUCUCGACACGUUCGAGUUCGGACCUCUGCCAGAGCUCGAUAGUUUUGACGACUCCAGCAUUUCCAUCGAUACACCACCAUUAGAGCCUGAGGAAGACGUCUGGAAAAUCGCACUUGACCUGGGGCCUGCGAAUAAAGAUGUUUUGUUCUACACGUGGGAGUCUUUUGAGAAGAAAUGUCAUGUCCAAAGCCGAACACCAUACAUGACCGAGCAGGGGCCUGAGGCUUUUGAUGCAACGUUAAUACGCGACGAGGGCAAAACCAGUGCUGGACGCGUACUCAAGGGGGAUGUACUCUUACAGUCACUCUGGAAUCUCGGUCUGGGCCGCUCAUCCAUUCUAUUCCAGUUCAACGCAAAGCUGAAGACAUUCCAACCCGCCAUACUGCAUGGACGAGCCUCGGGACUGAGUCUGCAAGCAGCUCAGAGCUUGAUCACCCACUUUACACAUACCGGCAACACGUUCCUCUAUCUGCGGUCUUUCGCAGAACGGACUUUUGCCUCAGCCACGUCUAUUCCUGCAAAGGUUGCUCUUGCCACUUCAGUCUCGAGCAUCCUAGCAAGUCUAGAAGACACCCUAGGAAAGCAGUUUACCAAGAUCCGCUCACUCAUGCAGCUUCAGCACCAGUUUGCUAGACCUCGCAACGUUCUCAUACACGUUGCUCGCAUGGUAGACGCGGUCAAACAUGCCAAAACCAACGAGCAACUGUCAUCCAUACUACACCACCGUCUGCUUGAGCUAGAAGAAGGAGACGAACAGCUUCGUCAGCUAUCGUGUCAGGUGCUUAGCCAGGUAGCUAGACCAAGCUUGGAGCUUCUCAGUGAAUGGAUGGGCAUAAGGAAAGAGCAAGCGUCUGUACCUAUUUGGCAGCGCGGCAGCUUUGUAACUGUUGAAGACACGUCUGUUGAUGCUCUCACACUUGACUACACUUACAGAUCUGAGAUGAUGCCAAGAUUCAUUUCUCCAGAAGACGGCAACACAAUAUUUGAGACAGGCCAUAGUCUUCGUUUCUUGAAGUCACAACACCCAGAUCAUCCGCUGGCUCGCCUGGAUGGGCUGGCAGUUCAGCCUCCGGACAUGGAGUGGGGCUUUCAAUGGCAAGACAUUGAGAUACUGGCAUCCAAAGCAAAAGCAUACGAAGAGAGGCUCAGACAAGCACUUCUCGCUUUUAGUACAGGUUCGACUGAUAUGGCACCUUCUCUCUUGACACCACCUGCACUAGAAUCUGCGACAGAAGCUCCAAACAACUCCCAGUCCCUGGAUCGAUACUUCGAGGAAUCUAUUCAACGUAUGGAUGAAGCUCCCAAGUGGUCCUCUCAAGCGCUACCAGAUGAGCUGCAACUUCUUAUGGAGAGGACACUUCAGAAUGCAGACGAAGAUGGCGGAGUUGCCACCAACACCUUCUCGCCGCCCAUGUCUCUGGCGUCUACUCUAUCAUUUCGUCCACUCAUCACAGCGCAAGCAAAACUCGUUAACGCAGCCACUAUCCGGUUGUUCUUCCGUUCACAUCAGCUGCGGCUUCACUUAUCUCUUCAACGACAGUAUCACCUUCUUGGCGAUGGUGUAUUCUCGUCUCUACUGGCAACUGCCUUGUUCGACCCUGACCGCGAGAGUGCCGAACGCCACAAAGGCAGGAUGCGUAGCGGAGUACACAUGGGAUUACAACUAGGUUCACGAACGUCGUGGCCACCAGCGAGCUCAGAGCUCCGAUUAGCAUUACGAGGCGUCCUCAGUGAAAGUUACUAUUCUUCCACGCUCUAUCAGUCAACGCUAGGCGCUGAAGCGAUCGUCGCACCUACGACGCUUCUCAAUAACAGGGACAACGAUGAGCUUCCUGGGCAGCUCAACUUUGCCAUCCGCAACCUCACUGAAGCCGAACAAGAGAAAGUCAUGGACCCUGACGCGUUACACGCGCUUGACUUUUUACGCUUGCAAUACGUAGCACCAGCUCCUCUGAACUUGGUGAUCACAAGUACUUCUCUCGAAAAGUACGACUACAUCUUCAAAUUCUUGUUGCGACUUCUGCGCAUGCUCUUUGUCGUCUCACAUUUGCCACGCAGGUAUGCAGACAGCAACGCUCGUCAAUUCAGGACCGAGGCAUAUCAUUUUGUUAUAACGCUCACAAACUACGUCUUCCAGACAGGUAUCACAGAGCCGUGGGACGACUUUGACAAUUUUGUUCGAACAGUGGAGACCCGAUUACACGAGGAAGACCUCGCGGGGGAACUAGGGGUUCGAGUCACGGAAGGCGUCGCUUCUCUGCGCGAUACCCAUGACAAAUGCCUAGACAGUAUACUAUUUGCGCUGUUGCUCCGCAGACGACAACGCAAGAUCAUGGCUCUCGUGGAAGAGAUUUUUGACCACAUACUCCUCUUCGCCAAGAUGCAGAAUUCAAAUACGCAACAGGGUGGGGAAAGCGUCGAAGCUCUUUACGCGAAGCUUAGGGGAAAGAUACGAGUAUUUUUGAGUGUGUGCCGGGGCUUAACAGGCAAGCAAGGUUACGGGAAAGGAAGAGGUACCGUUGAAGAGAACUCCAUGGAGCGGUUAGUAGUCGCAAUGGAGAUGAAUGGUUAUUUUGCUUGA